UCUCUCCCCGUUUCUCUCCUCUCUCUCUCUCUCUCUCUCUCUCUCUCUCUUUCUGUGCAAACUUGGUGGUUGUCGUACAGGGCAGGAGCUGCUGCUUAUCUUUUGUUUGCAUACAACAUCACGCAGAGAAUUAUGUUCCCUUGGGGAUAAAGAUACCACAAAAGAAAAAAGAAGAAGGGAAAGUUUGUGCUGUUUAGGAGUCCAGUUGACAGGUGUGUCUGGGCUCUUUUGUUGUGGUUCUUGGGGGGAUUUUUGUUCCCCCCUUGUUCUUGCUUUGCAAGAUUCUGUCAAUUUCUGGGUGUUGUUUGGUCCAUCAUCAGCCAAACCUCUCUGAGGUUCUGAUUCAUCACUGAAGAACUGGGAAUGAUAGGAAGGAAGCGUUUUAUGGGCUAGAAGAUUGUAAGCUCUGAUUAUGGCUUCUUUAGAGGGUUUCUCUUGUGCUGUUGUUGGCUGUUCACUUUCCUUUUCUAUGAGGACCAAGAGAAAGAUAGUUUGAGAGGUUUUGAAUUCUAUUGGGAAGUUGGUUUUUUUCAAGGGAGGUGGAGCUGAAUUUUGUUGGGUCUGCCUAAUCUGUGUGUCUGGUGGUUGAGAAUUUUCAAUAAAAAGUGGUCGCUGGGUUUAGUGGUGGUGCUUCAAUAGUUUUGCUGAUAUUCUGGAAAAGCAGCAGAGAGAAUUUUGUGGUGGUUCUAUUGCCCAAGCAGGGACAGAGUUAUCUUGGUCGCAUCUGUUGCUUUACUCACCUGAUUCAGGACAGACUUUGUGCCGGAUGGGAAGUGGUGUUAAUGAAUUUGUGGAGAGAUCAUAUCCUUCAUCGUUUAAGGUUCACCGUGCAUUGUGUGCAGAGCUCAUGAGAAUAGUUAACAAGGUUUCUAGCAUACUACCAGAGAUUGAAACAGCUCGACCUCGAUGCUCGGCUGGAAUACAGGCACUAUGCUUGUUAAACCGUGCCAUUGAGAAAGCCAACCUACUUCUCCAGCAUUGCAGCGAGUCUAGUAAGCUCUACCUGGCAUUAACUGGGGAUACAAUAGUCGCAAGAUGUGAAAGGUCAAGGAACAUGUUGGAGCAAAGUUUAGGCCAACUUCAAAAUAUGGUUCCAGUAUUGUUGGCUAUAGAGAUAUCCAAGUUACUAGAUAACCUAAGGAGUGCGACAUUUAUCCUGGAACCGUCUGAAGAUGACGCAGGAAAGGCGGUGCAUGACUUGAUUCGGCAGGGUCCUUCAGAAUCUGGUUCGACCGAAAAUUCAGAACUAAAAGCUCUUCAAUUUGCAGCAUCAAAGCUUUUUAUUACUUCGCCAAAGUCAAUGUUGGUGGAAAGAAGAUCGAUCAAGAAGCUACUUGACAAAGUCGGUGAAAGUGAUCCAAAGAAGAAGAAGAUUCUACUUUACCUUUCAUCUCUUCUGAAGAAGUAUGGGAAUUCUAUUGUGAGCGGGCAAACACAGAGCGUCCGCAUGGAGAAUGAAGGAACAUAUUUGACGGCUAAUUCCCGACAUAAUUCAGUCUAUACAGAAGCUGCUGAAGUGGCUGAGACUCAUUUACCAGGGCACCGUGAGGCUCAAGUUGAUGUUUCUGUUGACGCAAUACUCCCUGAAGAGUUCAAAUGCCCGCUCUCUUUGAGAUUGAUGUAUGAACCGGUUGUUAUUGCUUCUGGACAGACAUUUGAAAGAACGUGGAUCCAGAAGUGGUUUGAUGAGGGUAAUACUUUUUGUCCGAAAACAAAGAAGAAACUAGCCCACCAGUUAUGGACCCCAAAUACUGCCUUAAAGGGACUAAUAUCACAGUGGUGUACAAGACACGGACUAGAAAUACCUGACCCUAUCAUACAGCAAGGAACGGUACAUCCGUGGGAUAAUUCUAGUACAUCGAUUGCUAGCCUAGGCAGUUCGCUGAAUGACCUACGUCUUCAAGUGGACUUCAGUAAUGUCUCACUUGGGUCCCUGGGGAGCAGCAAUAACUCUGAAUCUUUGCUUCGAAGAUUUGCAAAUGCAUUUAGUCCUGUGACCUUGCAUACAAAAGACACGAAGCAAGACCAUUCUUACGGGAGUGUUGACGAGGAAUAUUUUGAUAUCUUUUCUACACUAACCGAACUCCCGUGGCAGUCUCAGUGCAAGGUGGUUGAAGAUUUCAAAAGCAAUUUGGAAUACAAUCACCAAUCUCUUCAUUCGGCAUCAACAGAGAAUUUCCUCGAAGCGCUCGUAAGAUUUCUGGGGAAAUCACGUGAUCUAGGCGAUGUAAAAGCUCAGAAGACCGCGUUGCAGUUAUUACUCACGUUUCUGAAAAAUAGCAGAUACGAAGUAAUGCAUGUCCAUCAAGAUGGAUUUUCCAUGUUGGCUUCCUUUCUUGAUUCGGAAGUAGCUGAACAAGCCUUCGCCAUUAUGGAGAUUCUGUCUGCUCAGCCGGAUUGUAGACUGAAAGUCGCUAAUUCCGGUGCUAUUCCUUCUACUUUGGAGACCCUCGACUGCGAGAUCGGAGACCUUUACGUGUCCGCCCUUAAAAUCCUUCACAACCUCUGCUUGAGUACUGAUCUCCGUCCAUAUGUUAUACCCUGCAUCCCGAAGUUGGUCCGUUUUUUGAAGGAUGGUGAAUUAGCGAAAUAUGCUCUUCUUAUCAUCAGGAACUUGUGCGAUAUUGAGGAGGCAAGGAUCUCCAUGACCGAGACCCACGAGUGCAUCGCCUCUGUUGCCGAACUACUCGAGACUGGGAGCAACGAGGAGCAAGAGCACGCCGUGGCUAUCUUUCUUUCUUUGUGCUCUCAACGCGUACAGUAUUGUCAGUUGGUACUGGAUGAGGGUUUUGCUGUCAUCCCAGCCCUCGUGAGCAUAUCCAUCAAUGGCACCGAGAGAUCGAAAGUUUGCGCUAUGGAAUUGCUCCGGCUCUUACGAGAUGCGAAUGACAGCGAUGGUUGUUAUUUCUCGGACCUGGAUCCCCCUACGCAAGGAGACCCUGGUUGUCACUGCUUGGAGACGAAACCAUCUUCCAGGAUGCCUGGAUUCUUCGGACGGAAGCUCUCGAUAUUUUCUAAAAAGCCUGUUUCUGCUGUGCCACGAAAGAAGAAAUGAAAUUCAUAAUCGGGUUAUUUCGUGAUCUCACAACGACUUGAUUAUCUGGGCGGUGAAGAAUUCUCCGUUUAGUAAGGUUCUUCUUCCUUUAAACUAGAAUGGAGCAACUUCUGUGGAUUGUUUCGCUGCUAGACAUGUAUGUAGCUGGGGAAUUUUUGUUAGGCAAGCUUAGGCUAGAUCAAUCUUUGAUGGGUAGUGUGUAGGGCCUGUAUGAUUGGUAGAAAUGUGCAGUUUUUUUUCAUGUUCUUGUCAAUUGGAAAGGGCUCUUGUUUGUAGCUUGAACAAAAUCCCUGCUCGCAAA